UAUAAAAAUACAUGAAUCAGCAUCUCCCCAAUUCAGUGCCUCCUCACAUCCCGAUAUAGAAACAAACAUCAUCAUGAAAUUCCUUUUGUUGCUCAUAUUGAACCUGGGUCUAGCUCUGGCUGCCCCAGCUCAAGAAGAACCCGCCUCCUAUUUGGGAAAUCUGGUAUCAAGAGCUACAGAGUUUGUUAGUGACUUCUUUUCCGAAUACGAUGAGCCUGCUUACAAAGUCGUCCGAACGAUUGGAGAUUCCCAGGUUGAAGAGCGCAAAUAUCCCGGUGGAUUAGCAUGGGCUUGUACCGAUGAGGAGAACGCAGCCAAUGGAGAUGAAAACAUCUUUUGGAGGUUAUUCCAGUACAUUCAAGGACAAAACGAAGGAGGUGUGAAAAUCGCAAUGACCACCCCCGUGAAAAUGGAAAGAUUUCCCGGGGAGAAAGGAGAGCGAAACAUGUGCUUUUAUUUGAAACCCUACACUGAUCAAGAACCGCCAGCACCCACCAAUGCAAAGAUCUCCAUCGUCCGAAGUCCUGAGAUGAACAUUUACACCAGACGAGUCGGCGGAUACAUGGACGAUGCCGAUUGGGAUUAUGAAUUCAAUUCCUUGAAGACCUUUUUGAAGGCCAACAAUGUGGCUGACUUCAAUGAAGACAAAUAUUACGCCAAUGGCUACGAUUCCCCCAUGAUGUUCUACAACAGAAGGAACGAAGUGUGGGUCACCAAAGAGUAGAUGUAUUAUUUAAUAGAACUGACGCAAAACAACGACUCAAAGUAAUAAACAAAGACUAACAAAUUAGACAAAUUGUUCGUAGUUGUUUUCAGUA